AUGAGCGACGAUAUGGCGGGUGACGCGUUUGACGGCUCUGUGCAGAACAAUGACUUGGCUGGACAGUUCGACGAUAACGUUAUGGAUAUGGACAUUGAGGGUGCUCUUGCGGACGCCCAUAUUCCAGAGCUGCGUUCGCCGACGGUGUCUGUGGACGACGGACCCCCCCACGACAGCCAGCCUCCAGAGGUGAAAGAAGAGCCUAUUCCGCCGCUGACGGGUGAGACUGUGCCGGCUUCGUCGGAAGGCAAGGGAUCUGCCAUGCUCGCGGACGCUCCUACUGCCAGCGAACAACCCGAGCCUAUUGAGGUUGAGCAAGGGCCUGGCGAAACAAGUGAGAACCAGGGCGCGGUUGAGCAGAAGGAGGAAGAGCCCGAAACAAACAUUGUAGAUUACGCCGAUCAGACACACACGGUUGUAAUUCCAUCUUACGCAGCCUGGUUCUCCAUGACGAAAAUCUCCGAGAUCGAGCGCGAGUCCCUGCCCGAGUACUUCAACUCCCGCAACAAGUCAAAGACGCCGCAGGUCUUUGUCAAAUACCGUAACUUUAUGAUCAACGCUUAUCGGCUGAAUCCGUUGGAGUAUCUCUCGGUUACGGCUUGUCGACGAAACCUGGUUGGCGACGCAUGCGCAAUUAUGCGGCUCCAUCAAUUUCUGGAAAAAUGGGGCCUUAUCAACUACCAGGUGGCUAUUGAGGCCCGACCGACUACCGUGAGCCCACCGUUCACGGGCCAUUGGCAAGUAAAACACGACACACCAAGAGGCAUGUUCCCGUUCCAGAUCUAUAAGGGGACAGAGGACCCUAAUUUGAUGCCUAAAGCCAACGGCGAAGAGAACAUGUUUGACCAAAAUAUCAGCGGGGGUGUCCGCAGUGGAGUGAGCUCAUCAGAAGCAGCCGCUCUACCCAAAGUUGGUGACGGUAUGAUCAAAAAGGAGCUGGAAGACGACUGGACCAAAGAAGAUAUUCUCCGGCUGCUGGAGGCCGUGCAAAAGCACCCGAACGACUGGGAUGCUAUAGCCGCAGAAGUAGGCCGCGACAAGUCCGCGGUUGCUCUGAAGUUUGUUCAACAAAAUACCGAAGACCGAUUCUGUGAAGAGCUAGGGCCCCUCAAGUACAACACCACACACAUUCCGUUUUCGCAGGCCGAAAAUCCCGUAACAAGCGUGCUGGCGUUCUUGAGUGGGCUGGCUGACCCUGAGCUGGUGAAGUCGGCUACCGACGCAAUCAAAAAGGUCCAGGCCGAACGUAACCCAGACAUCAAACAAGAAGCUGAUCCAGUGGCUACUAGUUUAGCGCUGACAGCGGGACGGGCAAAUGUAUUUGCCAACUAUACUGAACGGCAAAUGUUUGCUCAAUACACCAAAAUUGUCGAGGGCCAGCUGGAACUGUUGAAACUUAAGCUGUCCAAGCUCGAGAUGAUGGAGGCAGCUCUGGACACCGAAAGGCGCGAAAUUGACCGCGAGCGCGAACUGCUGUUCCUCGACAGACUUACCCACCGACGGUCGCUUGAAAGAGUCGAUACGCUACUACAAAAGGCGAUGGAUGCCGCCGAAGCAGGCAACAGUGAAGAGUCGGCAAGACUGAUCGCUGAGGCCCGCGGAAGCUCGGCUUCUCGGCCGGUCUUUGCUUAUAGUCCAGCUCCUGAUUCCGACGAGGUGGAACCGUACAGUAUCUCGAACAAAGCUACGUUCAAGACGUGGUCUGCUUAG